AUUUUAUUUUAAAUAUACAGUUGUUUUUUUUAUUAUUGAUUUUUUUAUUUUAUUUGAUAAUGGAAGUUAUUGAGGAUGGAAAUAUUAUUGAUAGGAUCCCAAUUUUGUUGCAAAGAGAUUUGGAGUAUUAUCAGAAAAACCAAACAGUUUUGUCGGAGACAAUCUGCCGCAGUGUAGUCGGUGGUAGACUCGAUUUCCCUAGGAACGCUUCUUUCGCUGCUGUCAAAAUAGUGCUAUGGCUAGAAGAGGAGUUUUCGAUUGCUUUCAAACAAGGUUCUGGAAUGUUCGUGAACACCGAAGAAGAAGAAGAGAAACUAGAAGGCGGAGUGGCGAAGACUUCUGAUCCGGAUAAAUUCGUACAGUUGACCGUCAAGUCGAGUGACGCGCUGUUAGGUAACGGCCCGGGUCGGGAAAUGAGAACAGAAAUGACAUUGAACACUUCGAAACAGUUUUCUCUCAAUUUGCAAAUUGAUUUCGAUGCUAUUCAAAAAAAAGUUUUAAUAAAGCGGACUUUGAUGUUACGUAUCAAAUAACGUUACGUGCAUACUAAAUACUAAAAGUUACCAAAGCCUUAGAGUAAGUAUCUGUUUUUAUUCCAUAAGAGAAUAGCGCCCACAUUUAUUUGGAUACUUAUCUUUAAGCGCCCAUUGUAAGCACCGGAUGAUUUGAGUAUGUUCAUAUUUUAUGACCUAUAACAGCGGUACGAUAAUAAAAUGGCGUUACAAAAAGCUAGUCGCGGCUCUGAGUUUUACGAGCAAGCUUAAUGUUGUAUUAAUGCUUUGUCUGGAAAGUUCUAUUUGGAAUCGUGCACACGUCCGCACGCAGUGUGCCAGCCCUUCAUCGCAUGUCAUUGAAAUAAAUAAAACAAGUACUUUGGCAGCAGGUCGCCAAUGAUGAUGGUUGUAAAUAUAUGUCAUGUUACGUAUGUAAUAAUUAUGUAUUAGAAUACAUGGAACCUCACAGAUAUCAGACCUCUAGCAAAAAAUUUUUUGUUAGAAAAUAUCCACGCUUCUUCAAUAUCCCUAGGAUUCUACAGAUUUUAACCCACUCUGGUAGGUAUAGGCAGCCGCAUGGUUGCGUCCCUGGCCUUGCUGUCCUCUGUAAGCGGGACCACUCACCAUCGGGUGGGUCGUUUCACUACAAAUACAUAUGCUCUGAGGAAUUGUUUGAAUUAUUCCAUCAUCUCGUUUUUACCAUCACACCGCGCGCCACCGGAGCAGAGUUCAUCCAUACUACCUGUAGCCACUGCGGUCAUCCACAGUGCGUUUCCAGAGAUCUUUUUUGUCACGUAUCAUCCGGCUUUGGAAUGACUUCUCCUCCACGGUGUUUCCCGAGCGCUAUGACAUGUCCUUCUCCAAACGAGGCUUGUGUAGAGUACUUAACGGUAGGCAGCAGCUUGGCUCUGUCCCUGGCAUUGCUGAAGACUAUGAGCGACGGUAACCACUCACCAUCAGGUGGGCCGUGUGCUCGACUGCCAACAAGGGCAAUAAAAAAACACCUUUUUUUGCCGCAAAUCAGUAAUACAUUCCCGUUUAAGACAUUUGGCUACAGUGACUAGGCUUUGGUAAGCACUUACAAUAACAUGAACUGUGAGCCCGUGGACAUAAGCAAUGUUAAAACGGAAGCGAUUGUUGAUUACGUAUUGAAUAUGUAUACGAAAAAAAUUACUAAAAACCCUUGGUAUUUAAUUCACCACUAAUAACAAAUACCAAAUUAUUGCUUGGAGUUAUAACUAAUCUUCCAUUUUUGUAUAGGUAGCUACAUUUUACUGGUGGUAAGACCUCUUGUGAGCCCGCGCGGGUGGGUACCACCACCCUGCCUAUCUCUGCCGUGAAGCAGUAAUGCGUUUCGGUUUAAAGGGUGGGGCAGCCGUUGUAACUACUUGAGACCUUAGAACUUAUAUCUCAAGGUGGGUGGCGCAUUUACGUUGUGGAUGUCUAUGGGCUCCAGUAACCACUUAACACCAGGUGGGCUGUGAGCUCGUCCACACAUCUAAGUUAUAAAAAAAAACCCAAUUUACUUGACUCGUUCAAAAAUCUAUUUCUCAAACCAUAAAGGGGAAAAUUUACAAUUUCAUAUUAUUAUU